UCAGGUCUGCUCUCUCAGACCAAGAUGGCCGACAGCACAGUGUCCAGGGCGGCCAGGAGGCGGCGCCGCUGGUGGCACCUCCGCCAGCAGUGGAGCAUGCUGGGAGUUUUCGAGAUCUCAGCGGAUCACGAGUUUUUCCGGCUCACGACGUUCAUCAAAGAAGGAACGCGAGUGUCCAUCCAGAAAGGUGUGGUCAGCGACAGGCCGAGCGGACUGACCGAGGAAGACUACAGGAAGAAGGAGCAGCAGACACACAAGGGCUUCUCCAUGGAGACCUUCGCGGCUCCGGUAUUCCGGUUCCUGCGGUGUUCCGUGGGCAUUUCCGAGGAGCAGUAUCUGGACUCUCUCUGCUCUGACCAGUGCUACGUCCAGUUCAUCAGCAACUCCAAGAGCAAAGCCGACUUCUUUGUCACACAUGAUAAAAGGUUUUUCCUGAAGACUCAGAGUCGACGUGAGGUUCAGUUUCUCCUCAACAAACUCAAGGCCUAUGUCCAGCACCUGGAGAAGAACCCACACAGCAUCAUGGUCCGCUUCAUGGGAGUUUACAAGAUUAUCAUCCCAAAUGAAAUGAAGAAAUAUUUCAUCGUGAUGCAAAGCGUGUUCUUCCCCGAUGAAAGGAUUGACAUCAGGUACGACCUGAAGGGCUGUGAGGUCGGCAGGUGGACCGACCCUGACACCAAAGGAAAACACAUCAUCAAAGUCCUGAAAGACAACAACUUCCAAGAACACAUCACCCUGGGUCCAGAGAAGUCCUGGUUUGUGGAGCAGGUCAGGGCAGAUGUUGAGUUCCUUCGUGGUCUGAACGUUCUGGACUACAGUCUGCUCCUCGCUCAUCAACCUCUGCACCAAGACGAGCUUCAGGGGAGACACUCGCUCGCAAAUCUGGUCCUCCGCACCACCAAGUCUCUGGACAUGGACAGUCCCUCUGAAGCGAAUGAACCCACAGCGCCGCUCCUCUCUCAGAACAGAACCUCUCCUGAGACUGAUUCUGGUCCAAAUCCUGGUCCAGAUCCUGGUGUGGACUUGGGUGGUGCCAGUUCUGACCCGGAUGCCCUCCCACUAGCCCCUCUGUCCCUCCCCUCUGGACUGCGGGACUUUGGGGAGCACCAUCGCCGCCUGCUGCCUAACUGCGAGAAUGCAGUCCACGUCAUCGAUGGCGAGGACAAACGCUACUUCGUGGGGAUCAUCGACAUCUUUACGGUUUAUGGCUGUAAAAAACGUCUGGAGAGUCUCUGGAAGACGCUCCGAUUCCCGGGAAGAUCCUUCUCCACCGUCAGCCCCGGGAAGUACUCUGCACGAUUCUGCCAAUGGAUCCAGGGCAGGACCAAGUGAACAGGACUGAACCAGGACCAAAUCAGGACUAAAGCAGGACUACACCAGGACUGAACCAGGACCAAAUCAGGACUGAACGAGGACUGAACGAGGACUGAACCAGGACUAAACCAGGACUAAACCAGGACUGAACCAGGACUGAACCAGGACUAAACCAGGACUGAACCAGGACUAAACCAGGACUGAACCAGGACCGAACCAGGAAUAAACCGGGACUAAACCGGGACUGAACCGGGACUGAACCGGGACUGAAGCGGGACUAAAGCAGGACUACACCAGGACUGAACCAGGACUAAACCAGAACUAAACCACGACUGAACCAGGACCGAACCGGGACUAAACCAGGAUUGAACCGGGACUAAACCGGGACUAAACCAGGACUAAACCAGGACUGAACCAGGACUAAACCAGGACUGAACCAGGACUACACCAGGACUGAACCGGGACUGAACCGGGACUAAACCGGGACUAAACCAGGACUGAACCAGGACUGAACCAGGACUGAACCAGGACUAAACCAGGACUGAACCAGGACUGAACCAGGACUGAACCAGGACUAAAACAGGACUAAACCAGGACUGAACCAGGACCGAACCAGGAAUAAACCGGGACUAAACCGGGACUGAACCGGGACUGAAGCGGGACUAAAGCAGGACUACACCAGGACUGAACCAGGACUAAACCAGAACUAAACCAGGACUGAACCAGGACCGAACCGGGACUAAACCAGGAUUGAACCGGGACUAAACCGGGACUAAACCAGGACUAAACCAGGACUGAACCAGGACUAAACCAGGACUGAACCAGGACUACACCAGGACUGAACCAGGACUACACCAGGACUGAACCGGGACUGAACCGGGACUAAACCGGGACUAAACCAGGACUGAACCAGGACUGAACCAGGACUAAACCAGGACUGAACCAGGACUAAACCAGGACUGAACCAGGACUGAACCAGGACUGAACCAGGACUGAACCAGGACUAAACCAGGACUAAACCAGGACUAAACCAGGACUGAACGUAGUCCUACACCAGGACUAAAACAGGAAUAAAACAGGACUAAACCAGGUCUAAACCAAGUCUAAACCAAGUCUAAACCAGGACUAAAACAGGACUAAAACAGGACUAAACCAGGACUAAACCAGGCCUAGACCAGGAUUAAACCAGGACUGAAUCAGGACUGAACCAGGCUUGAACCAGGACUA